AAAAAAACUUUUUCGCGCCCAUCGAAAUUUAUAUAACGUGCCUCAGCCACUCGCUCGAUGUUACCCUUCUUUACUCAGCUGGUAGCGGAACGAUAGUAUUCAGCAAUGAAAGAUAGUGCGUGUAAAAAGAUGUUCAUAUCACGAGAGUUUCUCAUUCGAUAGGUUGGACUUUAAUGAGUGAGAAACAUGUAAUCCAUGGCGCUGCUUCCACGUUCAAAAUCGAUUGGUUACGAUUAUCGUUUGGCAAGCCUAAACAUCUGUUUGGCUAUAUUCCAUUAUAAAAGAGCUGCAUGAAAACAGUUAAUUGGGGGCGGAUAAAGCGUUUAUCUAGCGCUUCAUACUUUUAAACUUGGUAACAUAUAAGUAAUAUCAAAUGAGCACUUCCCAACGUCAAAGUAGUCAGAGUGCUGCAGACGAUUAUUCGUUUAGGAGACCCCAACGGAAAAAACGACAAGCGUCAUUGAACCACCUCAUCAAUUUUUCAUUCCCUGAUCGACCUGACGAUUUUGAAACGCACCAUGCGGCACUCCAUGACGAUUCUUUUAGCACCACUACUGCCACUUACAAACCUUUUAAAAAGGAACACUUUGUUAACGCAAACUUCCGAUUUUUGCUAGAUCCCUCUGGCGACUAUUCACGUCAUCUGGAUGAUCCUGACGCCUGUUUUGACUGGGACCUAAUUGAGCAAGUGCUCGUAUACUCGGACCAAGUGCCCACAUGUCCAAUAUGUCUGGAUCCACCGACGGCAGCCAGGAUUGCAAGGUGUGGGCACAUAUUUUGCCUGCCGUGUAUCUUGCAUCAUUUUCAUGAAAGUGGAAGGACUUGUCCAAUGUGCUGGGAAGCAGCAAGUGUCCAUGAAUUACGGUCGAUACAAACCUUACCAUCUUCUAAAUACAAUAUCGGUGACGAGAUCGAUUUGUGCCUAAUGCAUCGAAAAGCGCAUAGUAUGCACGCUGAGCCUAUAAGCAGCAACACACCGUCAGCGACGAAUGGGGUGUCCGCAGUACCACACGAUACCACCUCAAAAUUACCAUAUGCGCGUUUUAUGCUUGCUUCACCAAAUACCCUGGAAAGUGCUCAUGAACGGGACACUGCUGCAUUGAUGGCUAACAUUGAAGCGUGUCAUCAAGAAGACGAAGAUGGCAGCGAGUUGGCAUCUCUCUUGGCUGGUUUGGAUUUGCUCAACGACCUCCACGACAACCGCAUACAGGAGCAGCAGCAACAACAUCGUCCAAGUCGAACUAAUAAAAAUAGUAAUCAUCGCCUCGUUGAACAAAGUCAGCAGCAACAGCAAUGCUAUUACUUUUAUCAAGCAAUGGAUGGACAAUGGAUAUUUCCUGGAUCUCACACCAUCCGCAUACUGCUGGAAGCCUUUGGCGACUAUUCUAACUUCCCACACAGGCUCACAAGCGUACCUAUCACUCAUUACGAAGAGGAACUACUGACGGAGGAGCGACGGAAACGAUACAAGUUUUUGGGACAUGUGCCUUUAGGAUGUAACGUAGCAUGGAUUGAAAUCAAUUUGAAGGGAGUUGUACCUGACGAACUACUCGUCGUGCCAUCAUCGCCAGCGCCGACUGCGAUAGUAGAGGAGGAAGAAGAAGAAGAAACGAUGACAAAUUCAGAGCGUCAAGAAGGUCCCAGCCACUAUCGUUUAGAUGGAGAACCGCGAGAAACUAGAGAAUUGGAUCCGAUGGGGUUACCCAUCAAGGAAGAAUGGUCAGACGAGGAAGAAAUGUUGGAAUACGUAUUAAAGUUGUCAGCGGUUCAAAAGUAGCUUAAAUACAAGAACUACCUAUUCAAUUGCGUAAAGAUGUUUUUAUACCAAAAGCACACAU